AGCAUGGUGCUCAUCGGUAGACAGUGGCUAAGGUAAAAGAAGUAGGUCGGUGAGAAGCGACAUGAGGAGGUAACCGCGAACUCCCGUCAGUCGCGUGAAGAUAUUCCUCGAGUGAGCAGGUGCUACGUCAAGAGACUCGAUCAUACUUACCUGCCGAUUCUUGCCUAUCACCGAUCAAUUUAUCGUGUCAUUUUGCACCGUUGUGUUCCACACAAAUUGAGGAUAGUAAAGAAAAAAUAAAAAAAUAUUUAUUGAAAAUUGGAACCCAUUUUUGUUUCACACGAAGCAAUGGGUCCUUAAAUACCAGACGACGUUUGUUUCCACUCUUGAUAAUAAGUAUCCGGUCACUGAAGUUUAGUGGAUCUGUAGCAAGACGUACUUUUUGUGAAAAUAUAUAUCGCUCCAAGAGUGCAAGCGUAAAUAAAUCCAUCACCGGAAGUAAUUCAACCACAACGAUGCCGCGGUUUGAGGUAGUGCUGGUACUCGCUUUGACGAUGGUCAUCGUCACCUCGACGAGUGUUCCUCCGGCCCCGAGCUACACGAGAACGAUGCUAAAAGUGGCGAGAAGUUUGCCUGGGGAGACGGAAGAAGUGAAGGUUCGAACGAGCGAGGGUAACCUGGCGACGUUGAUAGUGAAGAGGCGAGAUCACAGAGUAGUUCAGAAGGAAGAAGGAACCACUGGAAUGAGCACCGAACCCGAAAGGCGUGGGCAAAAUCAAUCCCACGUGAUUUUCGAGGUUAGAAAGUUGCAGAAUCAGAACGGCGAGGCUCAGAGGAGACUGCAGGAGAACGAGCAGGUGGCGAAGAUUCGUAGCCAGGUAUCGGGGCCAGUCGCCGAUCAGGAAGGGCCGUCGAAAUUCGAGCGGAAGAACCUCAGCCAGGUCGGUGAGAGCCUGAUGGAGUACGGGAGCUGGAAGCCACUUGGCGGAGGUUCGGAAAGAGCUCUCGAAGAGCAGCUGCAGGCAGAGGAGCCCUUGUACACAAAUUGGAAACCAGUCGACACAGGGCUGCACCGAUCGGCGAGCUUCGCGCGUUACUCGAAGCCCAAUUUCGAGCAUCAAGGUAUGAUAUUCGCCGGAAGAAACACGGAGAAGAGAGCAGACCGGGAACUCUCGUUCGAGAAAUUGAACCCCGCAAGAAUAGUCGGAAAUCAGGAGGAGCGACAUGGAUUCCUUCCGAACCAGCCGAGACCGGUGACUAGGACGAACGUCGGCGCUAAUGUGUACAAGAAUAGAAACGCGAAGAACGUACCAGCGGAAGUGACGAUCAGGUCGGAGAUCAACGUGAAACCGGCUUCCAAGAGGUCACCGAUGACCUUGGACGCCGACGGGACGCCGACCAUCCACGGACAUCGAGUGCCCGAUGACCCGAUGGACAAGAUCCAGACGUGGAGGAACGCCAGAGUAAUAAACAACAAGUUGAUACCAGAGAGCGCAACGGUCGUUAACCUCGAUCCUUCGAGCAAUUUUUACGCGAUUGACAAAACGGCCGAUCGUCAAAGGUUCGAGAACUUUUUCGACGACGUUAAUCGACGGUACGGAAGGAACUACGAUGCCGAAAAGACGAACGUAUACUUCGAAUGGGAUCCGAAGAAUUAUCAAAACGACGCUCUCAAGGCCGAGAUCUACAACGCGGCUAGUGACGGCUACAAUUCCAACGUUCAAAAGCGAAUGCUUCAUCCGGACAGCGUCGCGAAUUACCCAAACUCGCAGAGCUAUACUCCGGAAAGUCAGAAGAUCGCCCCGGUCGCUUUGAAGCCAGGAGUGAGAGCCCCGGUUCUGCAGUAUGCUCAUCCGGAACUGGGUGUGCAACCGGCGAAGAUCGUGAAGAACGAGAUACGGCAACCCGAAAGCUACUCGGAGGUUCAGCCGACGUUCACCUCGGAGACCCGGCAGAAGAAGAAGUACGUUCUGAACGAUAAGAACGUCGUGGACUCGUACUCUUCGAAGUACUAUUACCCUAACCACCGUUUCUACGGACUGAAACCACAAAACGACCCGCCAUUCUGGGUGAAAAUAUCGGAGAACCUUAAGAACCAAUUUUCGACCGGGGUUGAAAAGGUCUCCCAACUUACACGUCCGGUUUUCGACCCCUUGGUGGAAGCGACGCAAAAGAUUUCUAAGAACUUGGGUCUCUCCCGGGACGUAGCGCAGGACAAAGUUGGAACCGUUGCCUCGGGUUCGUCCAUUCUCAUCCCUGCUCUGGGUCUCGUUGCUUCCGGCGCUGCGCUGGGAAUAGGCGCUGUCGCAGUUGGCAGAUACCUCGAUGUUGACGUCCUGAAGAGAUCAGGCGACGACGAAAUCGAUCUCGAGCACAAACGAGCCCUCGAAGCAUCAGCGAAGAAGCUUCCUGAGUAUGGAAAUGAGGCGAACGAACCAGAUAGUCGGGUCAACAGUGAGUCAAGGAUGUGGCAAGCGUCGUUCGCCAGCCCAAAUCAGGCGGCCAAUUUCGUUCAGACAUUCGAAAAUGAGCCAGUCAUCGUAGCCGAGGGGGAAGAGAGAAGCCAGAGCCGAGAAGAUGACGAUGGUGUGUUUCUGAUACUCGAAGAAUCGAACGAUUCGGACAAGGUGGAAACCCGUGAGACGAAACCGGUCGUUGACGAGCUGGAAUACGUUGAGACCGGAAGACACAGACGAAGCAUCGAUGAUCCCAGCGUCCUAAGGUUGGAACCGGAAGUGGCUGAUUGGAUGCGAGACAAGCGGUUCCAGAGAAAGAAUUUAGACAAGAUAACGGAAAUUGUGGAAAUCGAUGUACCCAGACGCGGAAAUAUCGACGUUACCGAUCUGCAACUGCAGAGGACGAAGAAACCCGAGUCUCAGAACGCGGGUACGAUCCUCGUCGUCGAGGGUGAUGAGGAUGCGUCGGAAAGAGCGGAUCUCGAUCAAGGCGCUGUCGAAGACGUGGCGAAGAUCGUUGGUGAAAUGAUAAGACAGUCGGAGAGCGAGGAGGGAGAACCGCAAGAUCAGAAGAGGUCGAAGCGUAGUUUGGGAACGGAUCAGGAGCUCCAAGACACUCUCCAGAAUUUGGAAAACGCGGAAGUCGCGGAAGCCGGGCACGUCGAGGGUGACUGGGCGAACACACCCUGUGCCAAGAGGAUAUUCUGCGACGCGAUGAUCCUCCGGGGUUCCGACGCCGUCACGUUUAUGGAAAAGAAGAUGGCGUCCCUGCUGGCAUUAAUACAACCGGGCGCCGCAAACCAGGUGUCAAGUCACUUCGAAGAAGUCAUGGACGCUAUUCGCAGGCACGAUUGUUCCGGUUUCCUUUGCCCCCAAGCGAGGCCGGGAAACGUUUUCUUCUAACCUAAUACUUGGAUGCGGUGUAUAAUAUGUGGGAAAAACGUUUCCUCAAUAGUACGUGAAGGAGCUACCUGACAAAUAGCCGAUACUUAACAACCGGAGAGAUGUACUUAAUCGACCGAGAGAGCGAACCACUACUCUGCAAAGCACCAUACCUGGAUACGGUCCAAGAGAAAGUUUCACUGUCUUGACGAGGAGAAGUUGUCAUACGGCAUCUAAUCAGAUCGUUCAAACACAGUCGGAUGCUUGUUGAGUCUUCGACAUUUUCUUAUAUUUCGUUUUUCUUCCGUGACUGUCUGCUCGUCUUUUUCAGUGUUGUACACUCGUUCGAUGCUACAGUUGGUUUUUAGAAAGUAUUCAAUGAUUCAAAUUUUUUCAAUGACGGAGUUAUAAGAAGAAAUUGUUCAGAGUCUAUACCAUGUUCGUAUUUUUGCUCGGUUAUAACGAGGUCGUUUGAGUCGUGCCAAUUAUGCAUCAACGAAUUAUUAAUAAUAUCAUUUUUUUUCACCGUUAUUCAAGAGAGUAAAGAUUAAUAUUUAAAGGUAAAUUACUACGCUAUACAUAUGUAAAGUAUUCCAGGUUGAAGACGCCAAAUUGUAUAUAGCCAUCACCGUAAUAUUCCUAUUUAAUACACAUCCUUAACUUAAAUUAUCACAAAACAAACGCAUAGCUUAUAGGGUAGCUCUAGGAGGACCAAGAUUCGUUAAAAUGGUCAAGUCGGAAUCGGUGAAUACGUGUUUUCGUAUCACCUCUUUCGUCUAAAGAUCAUCAAAAUGCAAUCACAGUGAACAAUUUGUCGUAUUUCAUGUAUCGCACUCAAUAUUUUGCUAUAGCAAAAUUGUUAGUGAGCAAAAUAAAUUGAGUCAAAAUUUUUGGAGCACGGACGAGAUGCACAGAAAAGUUUCGUCACCAAUAAACUGUUAUCGGUAAUCAUGGUUCUCGAAAUACAUCGAGAUUAGAACGUAAGCUAGUUGUAAGCCAAAUAAAUCUUGUAACAGUUAACUAAAUAAUACUGUACUACUAUAUAUAAUAUACUAUUAUACCACUGUGUGCGCAAUAUGUACUGAAAAAUUGAUGAAUAAACU